GAAACGCACGGGCACGAAGUGCACGAAUCGGGUAAAUCGUAACCUCACGAACCCACGUUCUCUCCUCUUCUAACAUUUCUGCAAAUCGCACCGUUUUCUUCGCUUCGCAAUUCCAUAACCGUCUCGCCACCACUUUUUCCCGCUUCCGCAACCACCACCGUAGCGUUCGAAGAAUCCUUUUACCGCCGAAUCGUUUCUGUACCCUAAUUCCUCUUCACACGAAUGUGUUCGCUUUAAAUCAUGGAAGAAAUAGUUGCAUCUUGUGACAAAGUUGAAAAAAGUGAAGCAAGUAAAAGAAGUGAUGAUAAAUUUUCAGCUGCUAUUGUUGUUAGUGAAGAUGAAGAACCUAGAACUGGGAUGACAUUUAGGUCUGAAGAAGAAGUUAUUAGGUAUUACAUGAAUUACGCUAAUCGUGUAGGUUUUGGAGUUACAAAAAUAAGUUCAAAAAAUGCAGAUGAUGGAAAGAAGUAUUUUACUCUAGCAUGUAAUUGUGCAAGAAGGUAUGUGAGUACUUCGAAGAAUCCUUCGAAGCAAUAUCUUACCUCGAAAACACAGUGUAGGGCUAGGUUGAAUGCUUGUGUAGCUUUAGAUGGAUCGAGUACCAUUUCAAGAAUUGUUCUUGAACAUAAUCAUGAACUUGGUCAAACCAAAGGCCGGUAUUUUAGAUUGGAUGAGAGUUCGGGGACUCAUGUAGAGAGGAAUUUAGAACUUAAUGAUCAAGGUGGGAUUAAUGUUGAUAGAAAUCUUCAAUCCGUGGGUCUUGAGAUGAAUGGGUGUGGAAAUCUUACUUCUGGAGAAAAUGAUUGUAGAAAUUUUGUGCAGAAAGUAAGACGGCUAAGACUUGGGAGAGGAGAUGUUGAUGCAAUUCAUAGCUUUUUUCAUAGAAUGCAAAAGCAAAAUAGUCAAUUUUAUUGUGCAAUGGAUAUGGAUGAUAAAAGGAAUAUACAAAAUUUAUUUUGGGCAGAUGCGAGAUGUAGGGCUGCAUAUGAAUAUUUUGGUGAAGUCAUAACUUUGGAUACCACUUAUUUAACAAGUAAGUAUGACUUGCCAUUGGUCCCCUUUGUUGGAGUGAACCAUCAUGGUCAGACUAUUUUAUUGGGGUGUGCAAUAUUGUCGAACCUGGAUGCUAAAACUCUUACCUGGUUGUUCACAAGAUGGUUAGAAUGUAUGCACGGACAUGCUCCAAAUGGCAUAAUUACUGAAGAGGAUAAAGCAAUGAAAAAUGCAAUUGAGGUUGCCUUUCCUAAAGCUCGUCAUCGAUGGUGCUUGUGGCAUAUAAUGAAGAAGGUUCCAGAAAUGUUGGGUAAAUACUCCCGUAAUGAGUCUAUCAAAACACUUUUGCAGGAUGUGGUAUAUGACUCUAUGAGCAAAAGUGAUUUCAUGGAGAGGUGGGGAAAUAUGAUAGAACAUUAUAAUCUACAUGAUAAUGAAUGGUUAAAAUGGUUAUUUGAUGAGCGGCACCGUUGGGUUCCUGUGUAUGUGAAAGACACAUUUUGGGCUGGAAUGUCGACUGCACAACGGAAUGAAAGUAUAAACUCAUUUUUUGAUGGGUAUGUUAACUCAAAGACAACAUUGAAGCGAUUUGUUGAACAGUAUGACGAUGCAUUGAAUGAUAAAAUCGAAAAGGAAAGCAUGGCUGAUUUUGAUUCAUUUAACUCAACAAUUGCUUGUGUGAGUCAUUUUGGCUUUGAAGUCCAUUUCCAGAAAGCAUUUACCAUUGCCAAAUUCAAAGAAUUUCAAGUAGAGGUCUUUUCUAUGAUAUAUUGUAAUACUAGCUUUGAAAGAUUGGAGGACUUGAAUUCUAUAUUCUCUGUUACUGAAAAUAAGAAAGUAAAAGAGAAAGUUAAAGACGUGGUGUUUAAGGUAUCUUUCAAUGAAAAGGACUUCAAUUUGCAGUGCACGUGCUGCUUAUUUGAGUUUAAAGGAAUUUUAUGCAGACACAUUCUUUGUGUGCUUAAGCUCAUUGGCAAAACAGAUUCAAUGCCCUCUUUUUAUAUUUUGCCACGGUGGAGGAAGUAUGUAAAGCGGAGAUAUACAUUGAUUAAACAUGGUUUUGAAGAAUUGCAACGUGUUAAUAUGGCCUGUGAUGCCUUUUAUGAAGUUGCUUCUACUAUGAUAAAUUCUGAAGAUAAUUUACAGAAAGUGAUGAAUAGGAUCAAGGACUUGAAAACCGCGUUAUCUUCUAAAGAGCCAUCCUCCAGGAUUACACAAGAACAUACUUCAGUUCCAAACCCCGUGACUAGGAUUGUUGAUCCAGCAGUAACUCACAGUAAUGGGUAUCCUCUUUCAAAAAGGAAGACAUCUAACGUUGAUCAAAUUUUAAAGAAGAAGCUUGCAAGACACAAAACUCCAAAGAACAACCAGGAAAAUAAAAACGAUCAAAGUCAAGAAGAGGGCUUAUUGUGUACACCUAUUCUUCAAGAAACUGAUGAUGAAGAACAUCUUAGUGAUGUAAACCAGGUUCCAUAUUGUCCUCAAAUCAUAAACCAGAAUAUUUCCUGUUCUGAACUUUUACAGGCACAACACCAUAAGAAUGAUCAACCAUCCUCAUAAAGACAUAGACCAACCACUGCUCUGGACAUGUUGGUUAUAGUUGCUGUUAAACAAAGUGGACUGCUUUGCAUGCAUAUAUUUAGCUAUUUCUCUUACCAUUUAAGUAGAUAAAUCUAGAAUGAUUUUGAUGUUGUUGAUGUUUGAUUAUUAAUCGUAUUUGUAGGCUACACAGUAUUUCCUAUCUUUACAUUUAACACUCUAAUAUUACAGCAAUGUAAAUACAAGGGCAAUUUGUACAUUGCCCCACAAAAGUUCUAGCUUACGUAUUUACACUUACAAUAGCAUUGGGUAACUGUUCCUAAAAUACUUGAUGGUUAUACACUUAUACUGCUUAUGAAUCACGAGAGAAUGUCUCCUUUGAACUCCGCAAUGUGGAAUUAUAGUUGUAUUCCUCUUA